AAGUGUUCACCCGAAGGCAGUUUUCUUCCUCCGGAUGCAACCCCUUCACCCCCACCACAACGCGACAAGUCCGACUGGUUUCCUUUCAAUAACCAGCUGGAGUUUGAGACGGCGGAUCUUCUCUAUCGGCGUGACCAAAUGUCCGGGACGCUCGUCGACGUCCUCUGCAAGAUUUGGGCGGCAAGUCUCAGUUCGACCAACAUCCCCGCUCCAUUCAAGGACCACGAAAGCAUGCUCAAGAGCAUCGAUGCCAUCGAAGUUGGUGAUGUUCCAUGGCAGACCUUCAACGUCACGUAUCAAGGACCAAGGCCCGAGCAGAAUGUUCCGACGUGGAUGGAGGCAGAGUUCGAUGUUUGGUUCCGCGACCCCCGGGAGGUCGUCAAGAACAUUCUUGCUCGCCCCGACCUCAAGGACGACAUGGAUUUGACACCAUAUCGCGACUAUAACGGCGAGGGGGACCGGCAGUAUGAGAACUUGUUCUCAGGGGACUGGGCAUGGGAUCAAGCAACACAGAUUGCUCAAGACCCGGAUACGCAUGGAUCCACGUUCAUCCCGUUCGUCUUGGGCAGCGACAAGACAACGGUAUCCGUCGCGACAGGCCAGACAGAAUACUAUCCCCUCUAUAUCUCGCCCGGGAACAUCCACAAUCCCGCCCGCCGCGCCCGCCGCAACGCUGUUGCGUUGAUUGGCUUCUUAUCGGUCCCUAAGACCGACGAAUCAUACGCCGACGAUCCCCACUUCCGCCACUUUCGACGACAACUGUAUCAUACCUCAAUAUCGACAAUUCUCCAAUCCUUCAAGCCCGGAAUGACAACGCCCGAAGUAGUCCUCUUCGGAGACGGAUAUCACCGACGCGUUAUAUGGGGCAUAGGCCCCUACAUCGCGGAUUACCCAGAGCAAGUCCUUCUGGCGGGAGUAGUGCAAGGGUGGUGCCCUCGAUGUCUCGCGUUUCCCUACCAGUUGGAUUCCGGAGACCUUCGACGAUGUCGGGAGCACACGGAAGCGCUCAUUGAGGAGAUGCACCCCGGUCAUUUGUGGGAUUCGUAUGGUGUCAUAGCGAAUGUAGUGCCUUUCACGAAUGACUUUCCCCGCGGAGACAUUCACGAACUCAUCGCGCCCGACAUCCUCCAUCAACUCGUCAAGGGAACCUUCAAGGACCACCUAGUUGAAUGGGUGCGCAAGUAUCUGAAGGCUAAUCACUCGAAACGCGACUACAAAAAGAUUCUGAGUAACAUCGAUCGUCGCAUCGCUGUGGCCGCUCCGUUCGCUGGAUUACGACGGUUUCCGCAGGGAAGAGGGUUUAAGCAGUGGACAGGUGACGAUUCGAAGGCUCUAAUGAAGGUUUAUCUACCCGCGAUUGAAGGACAUGUCCCGGACGACAUGGUACGCGCUAUGCGCGCCUUCCUCGAAUUUUGCUAUAUUGUCCGACAUAAUUCCCUGACGGACAAGGACAUCCUCAACCUCCAACGCACCCUUGAAGAGUUCCACCGGUAUAGAACGAUCUUCGAGGAAUCCGGCGCUACAGCAUCCCUCUCCCUUCCACGCCAACACUCCCUCGCCCACUACGUCUUCCUCAUCCAGCAAUUUGGCGCUCCCAACGGACUGUGCUCGUCCAUCACGGAGUCAAAGCAUAUUGAAGCGGUCAAGGAACCCUGGCGCCGCUCGAGUCGUUUUAAUGCGCUCGGGCAGAUGCUAUUAACGAACCAGCGGCUCGAUAAGAUCAAGGCUGUCCGCUUGAACUUCGAGGCACGUGGGAUGUUGGAUUCGGGCUUCUUCUCAGCAGAGCUUCGCGCGCUACAGCAACUCUCGCAGGUGGAAGACCCGCCAGAUGAAGGACCCUCUUCAUCCACUGGUCAUGGUGGCCUGCAAAUACACGAACCUGUAUCGUGCUCGGUCAGAGAUCCAGAAGACGAGGAGGAGGAGCCCGCGGUAGACGGCACAACUUUGAUGGCAGAGGUUAACUUAGCGGCGAAGUCUAGUGAGUACCUCGACGUCCCCAACCUCAAACGUCUCACUCGCCGAUUCUUGCACUCCCAGCUUGGCUCCGACAGCACCCGACGUACAGUUCGGUCCGUCCCCCCGCAAGAUCUUCCGAAUUUACCCGACCGGCUCCGAGUUUACGACUCAGCCGUCUCGGUAUUCCGGGCGCCCAGUGAUCUUAGUGGCUCUGGGGGGCUGAAGCGGGAGCGUAUUCGCUCAGUACCUCUCUGGCGCAACGAGGCAAGACGUCGCGACUGCGCGUUCGUCGUCACACGGCCCGAUGUGAGCGGAAUCUUCUCCAUGGAAGUGGCCCGCGUCCUCGCAUUCUUCUCAUUCCGAUAUAUGGACCACGCGUAUCCAUGCGUUGUUGUCCAUUGGUAUAAGUGGUUCGGGGAGGAUCGCGACGAGCUUACCGGUAUGUAUAUGGUUCAGCCUUCCAUGAAUCCGAGCGGGUCGAAUCACGUCGAAGUUGUCCAUAUUGACUCCCUCGUCCGUGCUGCUCACCUACUACCCUGUUUUGAGGCCAAGUUUGUAUCGAGGGACGAGACCUGCCAUACAUCAUUAGACGACUAUAAACUCUUCUACGUCAAUCGUUUUGUAGAUCACCACGCAUUUGAACUAGCUUAAUACAUCAAUACUUCAUAUGACACUUAUAACGGACUUAUAGCAAAUUGCUGAAUUCGCGACUACUUACACAACGCGGCGAACCAGUCGUCGGCUUAUG